AAUCUAUUUUGAACUCAUAUCUCAAUUCCUCCCAGAGUAUUUUAUUCCGUUCGCGGCACAGAAAUGGCCCACGAGUGCAGCUUCUUGGUUUACUGAUAAACAUCACGGCCCCCUCCGAUAAGACACUUUUAUGAGUUUGGCGAGUUCGAGAUGAGUUUCCGGCGCAAUGGAAGCUUGAGCUCCACGUUGCUUCUCAUAGCAGCCAAUGUGCUGAUCCCAGUCGCCAUUGUCAUAUUCGCAACUGGCUUCUUCCCUUAUAAGCCUCUUCUACCGGGUCUGGCUGAGUAUGAGCCAUUGGAUGGCUAUGGCGAGCCUCCAGAAGCUCCGUUUGACAAGCUGGUCUUCAUGGUCGUCGACGCACUGCGAAGUGAUUUUGUGUACACUACCAACAGUGGCUUCAAGUUCACUCAAUCCUUGAUUCGCCAUGGUGCUGCAAUUCCCUUCACAGCUCAUGCCACGUCUCCCACAGUCACCAUGCCUCGACUGAAGGCCAUCACUACUGGUUCUGUGCCUUCUUUCCUCGAUGUCGUUCUCAACAUUGACGAAGGCGAUGAGUCUUCAAGCCUCGCGUCGCAAGACACCUGGUUGGCUCAGAUGAAGGCAAAGGGCACAGGAAAACUUGUAAUGUACGGGGAUGAUACUUGGUUGAAGCUCUUUCCGGGUACAUUUGAUCGUGCUGAUGGUACCACGAGCUUCUUUGUCGCGGACUUCACCGAGGUUGAUCAUAAUGUCACUCGAAACAUUCCUGGAGAGCUCCGAAACGACGAUUGGGAUACCAUGAUUCUUCACUAUCUUGGACUUGAUCACAUUGGACAUAAGGGAGGACCGAGAAGCCCUCAUAUGGUCCCGAAGCAGCGAGAAAUGGAUGGUAUCGUCAGCCAGAUAUACAAGGCCAUAGAAACCCAAGACCACCUCAAGUCAACACUUUUUGUCGUCUGUGGAGAUCAUGGAAUGAAUGAUGCCGGCAAUCACGGCGCCUCGUCGCCUGGCGAAACUUCACCGGCCCUUCUGUUCAUCUCCCCCAAGCUCAAGGGCCUUCAGAAAAACCAAGACUCUCCGUUACCAGAUGCCGAAGACUUUCAAUUCUACUCGACCGUUGAACAGUCUGAUCUGGCACCCACUUUGGCUGCUCUUCUAGGAUUUCCUGUUCCCAAGAACAAUCUGGGUGUCCUGAUCCCCGAAUUUUUGUCAAUCUGGCCGAAGAAAGCCGACCAGGCCUAUCUGCUGCAUCAAAAUGCGCGCCAGAUACAAACCGUCAUCUCGGCUGCAUCGGGUACCAAAACUUUCGACGGUGCUUUACCGGAAGAAUCCUGUGCCAGCCCGACGUCCGACUAUGAGCAACUGGCCUGUGAAUGGCAAGGUCCCUCAAGCAUUCUCAUGUCUGCGAGAGUUGGUGACGAUAUGGACUCCCAGUGGGCAUUGCCUGUUGUCACGGUAAUGCCCAACUUACCUACACAACACUCUGAUCCGCAUCCGAUCCAGCUAACCAUCUUCCAGUGGCUUCGCAAGGCUCAAGAGCUCAUGAGCGGCAUGGCGAGCAACUACGACAUGUCCCGACUCAUCCUAGGCCAAGUCACCGCCCUCCUCGCCGUAAUCUUCAGCCUAAGCGCCGCAAUCAAAACCGUCUCCCCGACCCGCUCUCUCACCCCCUUACUGGUGAUUUCCAUAGCCUACAGCAUUAUGAUGUUUGCCAGCAGCUAUGUCGAAGAAGAGCAGCACUUUUGGUAUCUAGCAACGAGCACCUGGUUUGGCUACCUCACUCUCCGCGGAUUCAAGCACACCAACACCACCUUUCCCGCCCACCUCCUCCUCACCGCCUUCCCCGUCCUCGCCUCCCUCCGCCUCCUUCGCGCCUGGAACCAAACCGGCCAAAAACACGCCGGAACGCCGGACAUCGUCAAACUCUUUAUCGAACCCCACCCCCACUUUCUGUGGUUGCUCGUCGGCCUCACCUACUUCUGGACCCACCGGCAGCUCGUGUACUACUCCAACGGCCCCAUCCCGGUACCCAUCAACUACCCUGUCAUGACGGGGCUAGUUUUGGCCGCGUUCACUUUCAAGGCAGCCUUCACGCUCGAGGACGCUCCCGAGUUGGUGGUGGAAUUCGUGAAGAGUAGUUUGCUUGAUUUCACGUUGAUUGCCCGCGCCCGCGCGGUGUUUGUCGGUCUAGGACUGGUGGCGAUGGCGGCAAUGGGGUUUAUACUUUGGGAGAUGGGGACCGGGGUCCGUAAACGGUCACCCAAAAAGGUGCCGGCCGAGGCGAUCACCACUCUUCAACACCUCUACACCAUCCUCGCCCUCACACAAAGCCGGACGGCCAAUAUCCCGCUCUUUCUCAUCUUCAACCUGCUUUACUGGUUCCUGUCAGGCGAGAUCGAUGCCCCGGACGGCACAGGGCUGUCAACCGUCGAACUGGGAAUUUCUUCACUCCUACUGCAGUAUGCCUCCUUUUUCGCUAUGGGCGGGAGCAACGCGAUUUCUUCCGUGGACCUAUCUAACGCCUACAACGGGGUGAGCGGUUUCAACGUUAUCCUGGUCGGCGUCUUGACGUACGUGGGGAAUUGGGCGGGACCGGUGUGGUGGGCUUUUGGGACGGUGGUGCUUUUGGGGAAGAUUUGGCGGAGAGAUCAGAGACAGAAAAGGUUGGGUAGCGGUAACAAUGGGAAAAGAGGGAGCGACGAAAAGGAGGAAAAGGCGGAAGCGAAACAGAUGCUUGAAGGGGGGCAAAUCAGUCCGUUCAAGACCUAUGUUGUCGUGACGACGCUGUUUACCGCGUUCAGUGUCGCGGCGGUUAUGGCGGCUUGUACGAUUCUUAGGACGCACUUGUUCGUGUGGACGGUAUUUUCCCCAAAGUACUUGUACUGCGUGGCUUGGAGCUUGGGGCAGCAUUUGGUGGUUAAUGUUGGGCUGAGUGGGUUGUUAUUUUGGCUUGGGUCAUUGUAGGUAAAGUAUGAGGUGGUACAAUCUUGUCCAAGAGGACGAGCCAAGGAAGGGCCGGUGGUUUGAUAGAAUGUGUGGAUCAUUGUAUGUUGGUUGCUUGUAGUAGAUAUAGAGGUUAGAUUAGAACGAGUAGAUAAAU